AUGUUGCUUGUCUGCAUUCUGUUGCAAGCUUUUGGAAAGCCAUUGGAAUUCUCUCACAGUCAAAUCACCCGCUUGUACAGUCGCUUCACCAGCCUAGACAAAGGAGAAAAUGGCACUCUUAGCCGUGAAGACUUCCAGCGGAUUCCAGAGCUUGCCAUCAAUCCACUGGGAGACAGAAUUAUCAAUGCCUUCUUUCCAGAAGGAGAGGACCAGGUGAAUUUCCGUGGAUUCAUGAGGACACUCGCCCACUUCCGACCCAUAGAAGAUAAUGAAAAGAGCAAAGACCAGAAUGGACCAGAACCACUGAACAGCCGAAGUAACAAACUCCACUUUGCUUUUCGUUUAUAUGAUCUAGAUAAAGAUGACAAGAUUUCCAGGGAUGAACUGCUUCAGGUAUUACGGAUGAUGGUUGGUGUAAACAUUUCAGAUGAGCAGCUGGGCAGCAUUGCUGACAGGACAAUCCAGGAGGCUGAUCAAGAUGGAGAUAGUGCCAUCUCCUUUGCAGAGUUUGUAAAGGUUUUGGAGAAGGUGGAUGUAGAGCAGAAAAUGAGCAUUCGAUUUCUUCACUGAUGGAUGGAGAACCUAUUCCUUUCAACUUCUACUAUAUAAUGAAUAGACCUUCAUUUUCUCCUUAGCACCUUCCCACAGAGCAUUGCUACUGGUGCAUAUACAAUACAUCUCCAACUCCUCCCUGAUUUGUUCUACCAAUGUGAACAUUCCCUGUGCAUCAGGAACAAAGGGAAAUGGCUGCCACACAACUUGGAAUGGAGCAUUUUUUUUUAAAAAAUCUUUUUCCUUCCAUAUUUUUUACCCUUUCUCCCUUGUCUCCUCCUGCACUACUGUUUCAGCAAAAAUGUCUCUCCUUGUGUACUGCUGUUUAAUCUACAGACUGAUUCUUCUGAGCUCUGAGUCUGAGAAUGAGAAAACAGGGACAUGCCACAGAAGCGCCCUCUGAAACACUUUGGAGACAAGCAUCUACUUAAAUACUAGGUGCAGUGAUAAUGAUUCACUUUUGCUUCCAGUAGCAACACCACAUUACAGCUGCCUUUCCUUUCCCAUUUGGCACUUUACAUGCAGAUUUCUUUAUUCUCUGCUUCCA